AUGAAGCUGUCUCGAUUCUCGGUCAUUCUGGGCUGUAUCGGCCUCUGUACUGCCUCUCCAGUGCACACAGAGAAGAAGGAUAGCCCGUCAACCCCAAAGAUUCAACUUAGCCCAGACGGUACCUUUAAUUUCGAGCUGCUGCGUGAUCUAUCUAUCGCACCGUAUGAAGGUGCCGAUAUCAAUGAGGUUUUCAUUGCAGCAAACGAAAUCAGACCGGGGAGCUUUGAAAGCUACCACGCUGCUUUCAACAGGCUUGCUUCCCGCGUUCAUCAGCAGGCCAAAACUAUCGACCCGGUCAAUCAUCCUAUCUCUGCGCGCAACACCUUCUUCAAAGCAGCAACUUAUUACCGCUCGGCGGAUUAUUUCCUGCGGGGCAACUGGACUGAUCCGCGAGUCUAUUCCCUUUGGGAUCAACAGCUCUCAGCAUUCAACACCGCAAUUUCGCUGCUUCCUGUCCCUGGUCAGAGAGUAACACUGCAUGCUAAAGAUGAAAGUUCCAACGUCAACUUUACGAUUCCUAUAAUAUUCUUCGGCAGCGGUAUGCCUGGUCCCCGACCAACAAUCAUCAUGGGCAAUGGCUACGAUGGCUCGCAAGAGGAGAUGUACCAUGUACUUGGUCAGGCUGCGCUACAGCGUGGAAUCAACGUCAUAACGUAUGAGGGACCGGGUCAGCCGACGGUGCGUCGCGAGCAGAAACUCGGCUUCAUCCCGCAGUGGGAGAAGGUUGUAACGCCAGUGGUUGACUAUGCCCUUACCCGCCCGGAAGUUCGGGGCAAUGCAAUUGGCCUCAUGGGCUACUCUUUUGGUGGCUUUCUAGCACCUCGUGCUGCGGCAUUUGAGCAUCGCAUUGCUGCCGUGAUCGCUAUAGACGGCAUCUACGACUUUGGCCAGGCGAUGCUAGAACCAUUUCCCAGCGAGUUUAAGGCGGUCUUCGAAUCUAAAAACGCAAAACUCUUUGAUUCCAUUUUGGGAAAGAUCCUGGCGGACCCCUCGAGCCCAUCCGCUAUUCGCUGGGGUGUUCAGCAGGGCCUUUGGUCCUUUAAUACCGAGUCUCCAUUCAAUUGGCUCUCAGCAACUCAAGCGUACAACAUGGCGGGCUUUACAGAGAAGAUCACGGUACCCGUUUUCGUGGCAAAUGCACAGAAUGACCAAUUCUUCCCCGGCCAGGCGAAGAGGCUGGCUGAUAAGAUCGGCAGUAAGCUUGCUACGUAUCAUGAGUUCAACGCCAUAGACGGUGCAGGAGAGCAUUGUUCCAUCGGUGCAAACGUUUUGGUGAAUCAGGUCGCGCUGGACUGGUUUGAGGACGUUUUGCAGCAUCAUCAUAAGUAG